AAGGAGCGCAGUGGUCACCGCUAGAGUAACGGCCGCGUCGCGCUUCCGUGACGCGUAUCAGCCACGUGCGUCUCGCGCCGGUGAUAUACUGAUCGCCAAACAUUACCUUACAUCGAGGACCAAACAAAAUAUUGCCAUCAUCUGACAUAAACUAUCUGCUGCAGUACCACACAGACACCAAACAUGUUGCCAACCAACGUCAUGUCAUUCAUGAAGAAGAUGGUGGGCCCGGCGGAGUCGCCCCCUGGCGGCGCGGACGCAGAGGCGUCUGGCACGGCGCUCAGCAAGCUGCGCCAGACGCUCUCCUCCAGCAUCAUGUCCGCCCAGGACAGGGUGACCAAGAUGGCGCCGGGCCGGCAGGCUGCACCCGCGGCUCCUGACGCAUCCGCCGCGACGCCGCCAGACGAGAAGUCCCUCAAGCCAGACGAGAUCUCCAAGCCGCAGAAGCCGGAGCCGGGCAAGCCCGUGUGCCGCGCGGGUGCGUGCCGGGUCUGCCUCAAGAGCUUCAAGCCCGAAGACUUCUUCCGCACGUGCUUCGAGUGCACCCAGAAGGUGUGCGAGGACUGCGCCUCCUACUCCAAGCUCGACGAGAACCAGGACGAGAGUACGUGGCGCUGCAGCAUCUGCAGGCGAAAGCUGCAGUCGCGUGCGGCGCCGCCCGUCAUGACGCAGGAGUCCACGGACAGCCUGCUGGACGUGCCGGUGCUGGAGGCGCUCCAGCGCAGACACUCCGACGUCAAGAUCGGCUCCGGCAGCUCGCUCACCGUCAGCGGAGGUGGCGGCAGCGGGCUGGCGCCGCCGCGGUCCCCGGAGCUGCGCCGCCACUCCGACGUGUCGCCCGCGUCGCUCAAGGAGCUGGAGAAGGUGGCGGGCGAGCGGCGCGAGGAGCUGCGCUGGGAGCGAGAGCUGGAGUGGCGCCAGCACCGCGUGGGCGGUGCACCGCCCCCGCAGCCCGGCGGCCAGCCGGGACACUCGCCGCAGGUUGAGCGCCGGCCCUUCCCCUCGCCCGCCAAACAGGUCGCGCCAGGACUGCCGGCACAGCUGCCCCGGCGGGCCUCCGCCUACGACGUGUACGCGACGCGCGGGGGCGAAGGCGGCGGCGGGGGCGGCCUGAACCCGGCGGCUGUGGCGGCGGCGAUGGCGGCUGCGCGCCAGCAGCAGGCGCAGGCCGCCUCCGGCGAGCCGCUCGACGUGUCGGUGGGGGUGGCGCCGCCGGGGCCCGUCGGCCGCAGGGCGUCCUUCCGCGUCGUGCAGCAGCCGCAGCCGCCGCCGCAGGACAAGGCCGACGACGGCACACAAGACUCUUCGCCGUCGCCGCUGUCGCCGGACGCCACCGCGCAGGCGCCGGCCGGGCUGUCGCUGGGGGUGGAGGAAGACCGCCGUACCAGGCGCCGAGGCUCACAGCUGCCAGAUCUGGGGAUGCGUGCGCUGCCACAGAUGCCGCCUUCUUCCGGGACGCCGACACCCCGCGGGGAGACGACCGACGCCGUGCGUCGCCAGACGUCCGUCACCGACGGAGAGGCCAUCAAGAUCGUCAUCCAUGACGUCGACUGCGACUUCAGUCCCCGACCAGGAGCCAAGCGCCGCGUGGUGCUGAGGAGGGACCCUGCCGACAAGGCGCACCGCACUCGUGGCUUUGGAAUGCGAGUCGUCGGAGGAAAGACGGGAGCCGAUGGCCGGCUGUUCGCCUACAUCGUGUGGACUGUUCCGGGCGGGCCUGCAGAGAAAGGCGGACUACAGCAAGGUGACAAGGUACUGGAGUGGGAUGGCGUGUCGCUGGUGGACCGAAGCUUCGAGGAGGUGUGCGCCAUCAUGGAUCGUUCCGGAGAAUCCGCAGAGCUGCUCGUCGAGCACGCCACAGACUUUCGCAUGUGUGACCUGCUGGACGAGCCGAUUGCUAGAAAACCAGUUUCUGAGUCACUGGGGUCGCAGCUUGAAGCAGACCAGGACAAGACGCCAACCUCACCGACGCGUCGCAAGCUGCCUAAGACCCCGGUAUAGACAGUAGCGUAGUUAGCUGGCACACAGCGCACUUUCAUAGCUCU